CACAGUUGUGAUGGCCGUUCGCGAGGGAAGGUGUGUAUGACGUGCUCUAGCGUCGCAUUUUGACCUCUUAUAAGGGACUUUAUCCAUAUCGGCGCUGGGGGAGAACACGUGAGAGAUCGUUUAAUCCAAAACCGCCAAGAUGUCGAUCGUGAAGCAAAUCAUGGAGGAGGCUGUGACGCGAAAGUUCGUCCACGAGGAGAGCAGCAGCAUCACUUCGCUCUGUGGCGCCGUCGAGUCCUGCCUGUCCCACGGGCUGAAGCGGAGGACCCUCGGCCUCUUCAAGACGUCGUCGACCACGGCGCUCAUCCACAAGGUCGGCAAAUCCUUCGAGCCGGCUGCUAAGGUGUCCAAGAUCGUGCAGGACCUCGAGUGCACGGAGCUCGGCAGUGUAGUGGCUAAGGUCAGCCCGAGAGUGGGCGAUGAAGCAUCCUUUGGUGUUUCCUUACUGACAAUGAUCGAUAUAGGUCGAAGGUCAUCGAACUGGAUGGGCUCUUCUGGGGGUAUCGGCUUUGCAAUGACCCGUUUCCAUAGAACAGGACUUUUGCAAUAUCUUCAGUACGGCUAUUGGAGAUGUCGCAAAGGAGGGUCGCUUAUAGGUCGCCCAUUAUGCCCUCCCCCUUCACAGUACCGCAAGCCAGUGGGCGGCAGCAGCGAGGAGGUGGGCGGGCCUCAGCGCAGCGCCCCCGUCAACGCUCGAGACUACGUCGAGAGUCUGCACCAGAACAACAAGGCGACGCUGCUGUACGGGAAGAACAAUGUGCAUGUGCAGCCAAAGGAGCAGAUGGAGGCCAUGCCAGGGUACAUGUCCCUCCACCAGACGACGGAGGGCCUGGUCAUCAAGUGGACGCCCAACCAUCUCAUGAACGGAUGCUGCCCAGACACCGCCGAGGACAAGAGCAUUUAUUGGGAAUACGCUCUCAAUGUGCGUGUAGAGGAGAUAGUCUACGUUCACUGUCAUCAGCAAGGAGACUCCGGAGGCACCAUCGUCCUCGUGGGGCAGGACGGAACGCAGCAUCCCCCGAUCCACUUUCCGAAGGGCGGCCACCUCCUAGCCUUCUUGUCCUGCUUGGAGAAUGGCCUCCUGCCGCACGGGAGACUCGACCCGCCGUUGUGGUCGCAGAGGGGCAAAGGCAAAGUGUUCCCAAAGCUCCGCCGAAAGGCACGUGCGCUCACCAGCAAACAGAGUGGAACAGACAGUGAAGAUGAGGAAGCUACUGAUUACGUCUUCAGGAUCAUCACGGCACUGAAACCUGAUCGCAUUUCACACCUGGAACUUAUGUCUCCACUUCUGCGUGGAGGCUCAGGCUGGCUACCACGUGUUCCCAAGCUCUCGUCUCAUUCCUCAUCUACCUCCUCCUCCAAAUCACUAAGUCUUGGGGACUCUAUGAGUGAAGUCCUACCUCCCCCUCCUACACCUAAUCCCAGUGUGGAUGUGCCUGCGCCUCCACCAGAGCAAGUCAGUGUCAAGGGAACAAGUAAUGCAGCAACUGAAAAGAACAGUGAUUCUCUGGAGCUUCUGUGUGCCACAAUGAAGCAUCAAAUAAUUUCACGGGCAUUUUAUGGGUGGUUAGCCCAUUGCCGACAUCUCAGAACAGUUCGUACUCAUUUGGCUGGCUUGGUGUUGCCAUCAGCCUCCACACCACCACACAAUCCUGAGUGGGAGGAAGGAGUGACGGAGGAUGUGUGGAAGUCAUUGCACAUCGAUGGUAGAUUGACCAAGCAGGAGGAACUGCUUGCCCGGGUGUACCUUGGGGGUGUUUCUUCUCAGAUCAGAAAGGAGGUUUGGCCUUAUCUUCUUAAUCAUUAUGACUUUGGAAGUUCUGUUGAGGAACGGGAAGAACAGGACCGACGGAUCCGGCAGACUUAUGAAACAACAAUGUCUGAGUGGCUGGCUGUUGAAGCUAUUGUGAGGCAGAGGGACAAGGAGAUCAUGGCGAUGAACAUGGCCAAGUUGUCUUCUGAGUCACAAAAUGGAGAAAUACCUCUUGUGGGAAGAGACAGAUCCCUUAGUAAUGAGGUAUUUGAACCUGACACUCUCAGUAUUGGGUCUGUAGACAAUCCUGGCAUUGUGCAAGAGGAAGAUGAAGAUCUUGAUGACUUCAGUCAUAUAGAGAACAACCAAGAUGCUGACAAGGAAAGCAGUGAUAUUGAUCCAGAAACCAGCCAGACUAAUCACAAUAAUAUGAUUAAUAAUGAACAAAAUGAAGAAGAAAGUGGAAGCAGCAAAGAGAAGACGCGACAAGAAAGUAAAGAGGAUGACACAGCAGAA